AUGGAAAAGAAAAUUAAAGCCGCGCAGUUAAAAAGGCGCCAAGCUCAAACGCUGAUCAAGAACAUUGAGCAGUUCAAAUUGAACUAUUCUGAUAGUGAUGUGAAUGAAAUUCCCGUGUGUUUGGAACAGUUGGAGCAACAUAAUGCCAAUUUUAUGGAUGCAAUCUCCAAACUCGAAGAGUUGGAUGAGUCCGCGGAAUCUCUAGAAACGUAUUUGCAAGAAAGGUGCGAAAUGGACAAUGUGUAUCGCAAAAUAAAGGGAUUCUUGCUUCAGAAGCAGCCAUGUGAAGCAAAUCCGCUAAAUGCUUCAGUGUUGUUUGCGAACACGAGUGUUGGUUCGUCGGGUCAUUCGGGACCAAGCUUACGACUCCCGAAAAUCGGAUUACCAUCCUUCGAUGGUGAUUCAACGAAGUGGCUCUCCUUCCGUGAUCGAUUUGUAUCGAUGAUCGAUUCGUCAGCAGAGAUUCCUCCGAUCAUGAAACUUCAGUACCUGUUGUCUUCACUGAAGGGGGAAGCCGCUUUGCUCUUCGAGCACACCACGCUGAUAGCAGACAAUUACGCUGGCACCUGGGCCGCAAUGUUGAAAACCUACGACAACCCGCGUAUGUUGAUCCGGCAAUAUCUGCGGAAAAUUCACCAUCUCCCAGCGGUAAAAUCGGAAUCUGCGGAUGAAUUGGCACACCUGGUCGUCGAGUUUAAGCGUCAUGUAGACGGCUUAGAAAAGCUGAAGGAACCUGUCGACAGUUGGGACGCUCCGCUCACCACCUUGAUGUUCUUCAAGCUGCAUCCCUCGACUAUGCUGGCUUGGGAAAAGCAUUCGUCGCAAGCACCUCGAGAUAAGUAUAAGGAUCUCAUCGAGUUCUUACAAAGUCGUGUAAUAAUUCUCAGGUCAACUCGGGAAUUCUCGGAAGACAUAAAGGUCAAUGCGGCAAUGGGGGCCGGCGGCGAGCGAAAGGUUGGAUCCAGACCGAAAUCUGCCGUGAAUGCAGCGACAACACAGCAAUCGACGCAUGGCCAGUCCAACCGCAUGCAGCUACCUUGCCCGUUGGGUUGCGAAGAGGCGCACAAUCUUCGCAGCUGUCCUGAGUUCCUGAAAGGGGAUGUCCAGCGUCGUCGAGAAGUGGUGGCGAAGGAGCAGCUAUGCUUCAACUGCCUGAACCAAAACCACCAAGUGAGAUCAUUGUCGAUGGCGGCAAAGGCCGAACAAGCGAUGUCAUUUCUUGAGACGUCAUUGCUUUGGGUGGUCGAUGACCAUGGUAUUCGGCAUGAAGCACGAGCGCUCUUGGAUUCAGGAUCCAUGUGCAACUUCAUUUCGGAAUCCUUAGCGCAAAAGUUGCUUACCACGCGAUCAAAGGUUAGUGUUUCGAUCAUAGGUAUCGGUCAAGCGGUACAACAGGUUAACCGAUCUGUCGUUGCUGCAGUGCAAUCGAAGUCAGGGCAGUUUGCAUCCACUAUGGAAUUUCUGAUUUUGAAAUCACCGUCUGCUGAGAUUCCAAUAACACCGAUCGACACAACAUCAUGGAAGAUUCCGACUGUCACGUUAGCAGACCCAUCAUUCCACAUCCCAGGGAAGAUCGAUAUCGUCAUCGGUAGUGAUGCAUAUUGGGAAAUGCAUACUGGAAAAAAGCGUGCACUAGGUAGAGGCAGACCAUGGUUGGUAGAGACGCCCUUCGGUUGGACAGUCUCUGGGAAUACUUCCCACACAUCGGCUUCGAGCCAUCGGUCCUGCCUCACCACCGUCAGUCAAGCCUCACUUGACACUAUGCUGCAACGCUUCUGGGAAACAGAAAGCAUCCUAGAAGGUCCCGCGUUGUCCAUAGAAGAGGACCAAUGCGAGAAGCAUUAUGCGGCCACUACAACGCGUGAUAGCCAAGGUCGAUACGUAGUAAGCUUGCCGCAGAAGACCGAUUCUGAUAUUGUACUGGGACAAUCUAGAGCGAUAGCCGAUCGACGGCUCGUUGCCGUUGAACGACGAUUGUUGAACAAUCCUGAAAUGGACAGAGAAUAUAAAAGGUUUAUGUCCGAAUACGAAACAUUGGGACACAUGAGAAAACUCACCGAACCUGUUGAUGAUAGUGCUCCGCACUAUUACAUCCCUCACCAUGCGGUGGUGAAGGAAACGAGUACGACCACGAAGGUACGUGUUGUCUUCGAUGCAUCCUGCAAGACAACAUCUGGGUACUCGUUAAACGAUACGCUGCUCAUAGGCCCUACGGUACAAGAUGAUUUGUUUACGAUCAUCUUAAGGUUCAGAAAGCACGCCAUAGCCCUAGUAGCAGAUGUCGAAAAGAUGUAUCGACAAGUUCGUCAUUGUGAAAGUGAUCACAAACUGCUACGAAUUCGGUACCGAGAAAGAUUCACCGACCCGAUAGCAACGUACGAGUUGCAAACAGUUACCUACGGCACUGCCUCAGCGCCAUUUUUGGCCACACGCACGUUGCAACAGAUUGCACACGACCACAAGGGCCAGUACCCCAAAGCGAUAGAUCCAGUUCUACACGACUUCUAUGUGGAUGAUUUAUUGACCGGUGCAGCGGACCUGGCAGAUGCCAUCGAAGUGCGCAAGCAAAUUUCGCAAAUGCUGGAUUCAGCCGGCUUUGCAUUGAAGAAGUGGGCGUCAAAUGUUCCUGCUGCACUACGAGAUGUCCCACUAGAGGAUCUUGCGAUCAAAACGAUGCACGAAUGGCAGGAUGGCCAAGCAGUAUCAACGCUAGGGUUGGUUUGGGAACCAGCCAAUGAUAUGUUCUGCUUCAAAGUCAAUCUUCCACCACCUGCUGAAGUAUUAACGAGAAGUCUGGUCUUGUCGUAUACGGCAAGUAUAUUCGACCCUCUUGGGCUAUUGGGUCCGACCAUCAUCCUGGCUAAGAUGUUCCUGCAGCGAUUAUGGAGUCUGAGGCAUGAUGGAAAUGCUUGGGAUUGGGAUCGUGCAUUACCGGGCGAGCUUCAGGAAGAGUGGAGAAGUUUCCACUCAACGCUAUAUUUGCUACGCAAAGUACGUGUGCCUCGUUUUGUGUCCCAGGCUGAAAUGGUUAGCCUACAAUUGCAUGUAUUUGCUGAUGCAUCGCAAAUUGCAUAUGGAGCUUGCUGCUAUGUGAGAGCAGAAUCCAUGGGGUCAACUACGGUGCGGCUAUUAGCUGCCAAAUCAAAGGUCGUUUCUCGGGCAAACACCCAUUCGAUUGGCAGGUUGGAGCUGUGCGCCGCACGAUUAGCGACGCAAUUGUUCCAGAAAGUGAGCCGAGUGCUAACGACAUCUACGAUGACUAUCUGUUGGACCGACUCGAUGACAGUCAUGUACUGGCUGAAGUCUCCUCCUCGUCGAUGGAAACCAUUUGUGGCCAACAGGGUGGCCCAAAUCCAGGAGGAAACGAGGAUAUCAUGCUGGCGUCAUGUUCCGGGGUGUCAUAACCCGGCAGAUGACAUUUCACGGGGACUAAAGCCAGACGAGUUGCUGAAGUGUGAUCGGUGGUGGCAUGGACCACAUUGGUUGGUUCUCGGCGAAGAUGAAUGGCCACAAUCGGUACCACUACCCACGAAGGAUGACGGUGACAUCGAAGAACGAGCAAAGGUGUCACUAAUUGUCAUAGCGAAGUGUGAAUUCCGUGACAAACUCUUUGAACGGUUCUCGUCAUACAGCAAACUGAGACGAGUAAUGGGUUACUGCUUGCGAUUCAUCGAAUGCAGCCGAGCAAGCAAGGUAUCAACGAGCAAGUCCAACAAGCCGACUUCUAUCAAGGAGUUGGAAAAUGCUGUUCCUUCGCUUACAGCGACGGAACUGCGCAGUGCGGAACUGAGGUUGUGCCAGCUAGCACAACGGGAUUCAUUCGCGAAAGAGCUGGACGACCUGCAACGAGGGAAACGUGUUGGUGAAACAUCGAAGCUAAAGUGGUUGUCACCGUACCUUGAUGAAGGAGGUAUGCUACGCAUCGGUGGCCGGCUGGGAAAUGCAAACAUUUCCAAGGAUGUUAAGCACCCCGUCAUCCUUGCGGCAUCACAUCACCUAUCUACACUGUUAGUAUCAGCAUAUCAUCUGCAGUUACUACAUGCUGGUCCGCAGUUGAUGUUGGCAACGAUUCGACAACGUUUCUGGUUGAUUGGUGGUCGAAAUCUUGCAAGGAGCGUUUACCAUCGAUGUCACACUUGUUUUAAGAACAAGCCGGUAGUGGUGAAGCAGGCAGUAGCUGAUUUGCCUGAAUCACGAGUGACACCGACGAGACCAUUUGCAGUAAGCGGUGUGGACUAUUGCGGACCAUUUCUUCUGAAAUCAACGAUCCGGAACCGGAGUCCAACAAAGGCAUACAUCGCGAUCUUCGUGUGCUUCUCAACGCGGGCAGUUCACAUCGAGUUGUGGUACUACAAGGGACACGACGCGAUGCAGGCUGGGCUGUCCGCCCACCUAUUUGUCGUUUACUGCUUUCUCAAACGUAUCGCGCUGAGCGGUCCACUCACGUGGAUAGCUCCUCACUAUCGGCUGUUCUUCACAAUCUAA